GCAAAAAUGUAAGUCAGAUCAACGACGCCCAGACAACAGCAACACGCAGUGCCAGUGUCGCGCCUCGCUAUCGUUGCGAGAUAUCGCCUGCGCCAACAAUGUUCUCCUUCCACCGCACCCUCUCAUUCCGCUCUGGAAAGUCGUCCGGGCGUGGACCGACCCAAGGCACAACGGGCAAACCUGGCUUGUCCUUCAACUCCCUUCGUGGCAAUGUCCAGCCUGAGCUCUCCCGCCGGCUCUAUAAGCUCAUCAAGUCCGAGAACAACCUGAUUAAUGCCCAUGAGGCGGCCGGACGUGAGCGCAACAGCAUCGCCACGCAGCUCUCAGAAUGGGGUGAGCAGACGGGCGAUGAGGCGAUCAGCGAUAUCUCGGAUAAGGUUGGAGUCAUAUUGAGCGAGAUGGGGGAGCAGGAAGACACCUAUGCGCAUGCGCUCGAUGAUUCACGAGGCGUGCUUAAGACCAUCCGCAACACGGAGAAGAGCGUGCAGCCCAGCCGUGACAACAAGAGCAAGAUUGCCGACGAGAUCGCCAAGCUCAAGAUGAAGGAGCCACAGAGCGCCAAGUUGGUGGUACUGGAGCAGGAACUCGUCCGGGCUGAGGCUGAGAACCUCGUCGCUGAGGCACAGUUGACCAAUAUUACCCGCCAGAAGCUCAAGGAGGCCUACGAGUUUGAGUUCGCCGCGACUAUCGAGCGAGCAGAGAAGCAGAUCAUCCUGGCUAAGCACGGGCGACGCCUGUUGAACUUGCUGGAUGACACCCCCGUUGUGCCAGGCGACACCCGCACAGAGUACGAGUAUGCCGGCGAGGCACGCCAGGUUCUGAACGAUGUGGAGGACGACCUCAGGGACUGGCGCCCGGAAUCACAAACACAGCAGUACGAGGUCGCCACUGGCGGCGCUGCUGCUCCCCUUGAAGAGACGCAUCAGCCACGCAGGACAGAGGAGGGAGCAUCGGCAGGCCAGAGCGAAGCUGAGGGGGCAGCAGGCCAACCCUCUGCUACCUACGCAGAGCUCAAGGCUGCUGAGGCCGGAGGCACAACUCAAUCUGCGGCCGAAGGCACCGCAACCACUGGUACCUCAGCUGGACAAGCUAUCUGAGUUGGGCAAACUGUGAAGCGUGGGUUUGGGACUUUGAUGUUUGCCAUCGCCUGUGCUCCUGUAUGCAACGGCAGGCACACGUGUACCUUGAAAUUAGUUUGUGAUAGUCAUCAUACCUGUCGUUUGCGAGCUAUGACCUUGGUUCGCGUGUUGACCUUGCAUUUGUCUGUCUCACCGGCUGGUUGCUGUUACUGUAGCACCAGAAGCCAAUGCGACGUUGUGGCGCUCAGCCUGUUGAGGAUAUGGGUCGCGUGCGAGGUCGGCACACGCUGAGCAAGUAGAGACUUCCCCAACUGCUAAUUGAUGUCCGGUCUUGAUAUGUAUAGGAGUAAGUGAUUACUGCGUGCUCAGGGAGACACUUUCGAUGCGAUCCUUCAUGAGGCCUCAGGCCGACACGCUUGGGUUCAGCCACAUUUCGGCAAGUCCAAAAAGCCUGUCCCUUUCAUCAACCAACCAUU